CUGGUAGUUAGGGAUUGCAUUAAAUUUGCCAACAUGAAUUAGAUGGGCAGAUGAAUUAAUGAUAAUUACUCACUCUAAAACUUUACUCUCUCCCUCUUUUUAUUCAAUUGUUUGAUUCUUCAGCUCAUGCCAAAUGGUCUAUAUAAACACCUUAUUGGCUGAUAGAGUUCCUCAUCAUCACAUACGCAAAACACAAAAAUCGACAUGGCUUCCAAGUCACUCUUUCUUGUUGCCUUACUUGUCGGCUCUUUUGCUUUCACUUCAUUUGCCAGUGUCGCUAACAGGAAGCUGAAGAGUGGUCUCGAGGACCAAAAGACAUUCUUCCACCAUCCAGGCGGAGGUCUCGGUGGAGGAGGCGGUAUUGGUGGAGGCAGUGGUCUUGGUGGAGGAGGCGGCUUUGGUGGAGGAGGCGGUCUUGGCGGAGGAGCUGGAGGCGGUGGCGGUUUAGGAGGAGGAGCUGGUGGUGGAGCUGGAGGAGGAUUUGGUGGAGGAGCUGGGAGCGGUGGUGGUCUUGGUGGGGGUGGUGGUGCUGGUGGAGGAUUUGGCGGUGGGGCUGGUGGUGGUUCAGGUGGAGGGUUUGGAGGAGGAGCUGGUGCUGGGGGUGGACUCGGAGGAGGAGGUGGAGCUGGUGGCGGUGGUGGGUUUGGAGGAGGAGGCGGAAGCGGUAUUGGUGGUGGUUUCGGUGGGGGAGCCGGUGCCGGAGGUGGUUUCGGUGGUGGACAUCAUUGAUGAGAAGCUAUAAGAUCUUGACGUUAAACCAUGGAAUGGAAUGCAUGGCAAUGGGUUUUACGUACCAAAGUCUUAUGAAAAAAGAUUAAUAUAUUAUUCAUCUAAAGUGAUUCGGUCCAUGAUUUUGUGUUAUUAUCGGCCUUUGAGGAAAUAAAUGAAUGAAUUAGAAAAAAUAAUCGAGCUCUACUUGGUGACCCGGCCAGUCUAUAUCUUCUUCAGUGUUUCUUUGACAUGUUCAAUUCGAUUUGACUGUUACUCAACGUAAACACGAAGAGAAAUACUUGACCAUUUAAUUUAUAACCAUAAACACGUAAAUAAAGCCCUAUUUCCA